UAGGUAUAAGGUCACUCCGUCUUAGUCCGAUACAGUUAAUUGUGCCAAGUUGUGGGGUAAAUUAUCCAAAAUGACGCCAAUUAAAGUUGUUCUGAUUCUUUCGCUUAUAGCCUCCGCCGUUGUUGGGCGUCCAUCUCAAGAUGAAAAGCGUCUCAUAAAAAUCAGCCCGGAAGAUUCCGGGACAUGGCUCACUGAAGACGAGAUAUUUUCUCUGAUUAGAAAAAAUAUCAACUUUAUCGACAUCACGGGCAGAGUUUUCCCAACCGAUGUUCACAAAGCUUCCACAACAGAAAUCCCUGUAAGCCUUCGCUUUCAGUCAACCAUUGUUCCAGCCCUCGCUAGGGUCAACAUUUCACGCAUGCAAGCAUUCGUGGACGCCUUUGACAACUUUACCAACCGAUAUUACCUCUCAGCAACUGGAGUCGAUUCGUCUGACUGGCUUCUUGCUCAAGUUUCUGACAGCAUUGCCAACACAAAUUAUAACGGGACUGCGGUGGCAAAUUCUUUUUUGCACAGUUGGCCACAGAACAGUGUUAUCGCCCGGAUUGAAGGUUCCGAUCCAGAACUUAGGCAAGAAGUAAUCAUUUUUGGGGCUCACAUGGACUCAAUCAACGGCCUAAACCCAUCAGGCCCAUCACCCGGGUCGGAUGAUAAUGCAAGUGGUAGCGUCACACUUUUAGAAGCUUUACGAGUAAUUCUAGAAAGCGGGAUCGUUCCAAAGAGGUCAAUUGAAUUUCAAUGGUACGCCGCGGAAGAGGUGGGACUUCGCGGAUCUGGAGACAUUGCUCAAUCAUAUUUCACCGGAGGAAAAAACGUCGUGGGAAUGGUUAAUUUUGACGUAGUUGGAUACCAAGCUGGUGCCAACGAGAUAACGUUUCUCUCUGAUAACACUGACGCAACGUUGACAACAUUCCUCAAAUUGGUGACAGAUGAAUACUGCACUUAUCCAUGGGUCAGUGACGUUUGUGGGUAUGCUUGCUCGGACCAUGCUUCAUUUAAUCAGUACGGAUUUCGUGCAGCCUGUUCGAGCGAACGUCCUUUAAAUCCUUACAUGCACACCACGUCGGAUACGAUGAGCAGAAUGAGCUUUCCGCAGAUUGCAGAAUUUGUCAAAAUGACGGUGGGAGCUGCGAUUGAAAUUGCAGAGCCCACAACUGUGUAAAUUUUUGGAAAUUUAAAAUCAAUUAUGAAAUAAAUAUUUAAAAUCCGUAGUUAAAAAAAGCA